AUGGCGGCUCUGGUCGCCGCGUCGCCCGCCGGCAGAGAAAGCGCGUUUUCUCGACCAAGGACCCCGAGAUGGUGGAAGAUGGCAAAGGCUGAUCCCGAGUCCUUAUGCUUUUACGAGAUGGGGGAGGUUGGGUGUAUUUCUCCAACACCUCGGAUUGCCGAUUGGCGCCAUUACAUGCACACCGCCAUGCUCAAGAACUACAAGCCAGUGCAACGGCAUUCCGUCCUGAACUACGAUGUAUACCUAAGAGCAGCUGCGCUGGUCGCAGCCUUAUUGCAGGAACUCGCAGAUCGUCCUCAGCCUUAUGGAAGCUGCUCCUCGUUGCCUACCGGCCAAGACUUGGUACAAUCGCGAGACUUUUCAGAAUCAGCAGCAUACGCUCGACCAUUUGCCACGUCGGAACAUCCUCGACCCGUACCUCUUGAGAGGGAGUCCAAGCCCCGGUUUGCGACGAUGGAUACCAGCAUAGACUUUGGUGGCUCAUACGGCUUCCAGACGAGGGCCAAGAAGAAGAAAGCCGGGAAAGCUCCCCCACAGGCUAAAUGGCUUGAAUCAGAUAAUGAAGGAAAUGGGAACGCUGCUGGCGAUGGUGGAGAUGGUGCUGGUGGAGGUGAUGGAGGCGGUGAUCAAGGCGGAAGUGCUGGCGGCGACGGCGGCGGCGGCGGCGGCGGUGGUGAUGACAACAACAAUGGGGGAGGAGGCGACGAGGACGAGUGGGACUUUGGUGGCAGCAAGAAGAACAAGAAGAAGAACAAGAAGAAGCAAGAGGAGGAAGAGAAGAAAAAGCAGGAAGAGGAGGAGCAAAGGAAGAAAGAGGAAGAAGAGGCUGCCAAUCCGCUUAGUUGGGCUGACGAUGCGAAUAACGCUGCGGCCGAGGAUGACUGGACAGCAGGUUUUACGACGAAGAAGGAUAAGAAGAACAAAAAGAACAAAAAGGGGGUUGACGAUCCCCCACCCUCUGCCCCAGACCCUCCAGCGACGGGCUUCCAAGACAUCAGUCUUGAUGACACCGCCCCGAAGCUGGAGUUUAGUUUUGGUGGCACUGAUAGCAAGAAGGAUACUGGAAGCUUCGGUGCAUGGGGUAAGACAUGGGACUUCGGAUCCCUCGACACCGGAACGACCAAGGCCGACGACAAGGCAUCUAAGAAGGAAAACGACAAAAAGGAAGAAUCCAAUGGUUUUGGAGACAAUAACCCCUGGUCUUUUGGCAGCAAAUCGAAAAAGAAGACAACCACCUCGUUCGGCUUUGAUUUUGGCGAUUUGGAUUCCGGCGACAAAGGUUUUGGUUUCGAUGGAGACGUUGGCGAAACCAAACCCACCGAUGAUGCCUGGGGAUUCUCCACUGUCAACAAGAAGGAUAAAAAGAAGAAAGACAAUGGACUGGGUGAGACCGCUGUGAUUGAUUCCGGAUCGAAAGACGACGAUCUACUCGGUGCUUGGGGAACCUCAACGUCAAAGAAAAAUAAGAAAAAGACAGGAUUCUUUGAGGAUGAUCCUGUCCCUCCCCCUCCGCCACCUGCUCCGGUAGAACCAGACCCUGUCCCCGUGGAAGAUGAAUGGUCUGCUUUCGGAACGACGAAAAAGGACAAGAAGAAGGGGAAAAAGGGGGCAACCGAAGAUCCCCCUGCUGAUACGAAGGAGGCUGCUGUUGACGUCGGAGCGACGGACAACUCUUUCGAAUGGGGCUUUGGAACAGGGAAAAAGGACAAGAAAGCGAAAAAGAGUGUGUUCACCGACUUCAAUGACAACGACGAUCUCCUAGCCGUUCCUGCUGCUGCUCCUGAGCCGAACCUUACAGUCGAUGACGGUGACGACUGGAUGGCUGGAGCAUGGGGAAAGAAGAAGGACAAAAAAGGCAAGAAGACCGGCAUUGAAGAUCUAUCUGCUUCCGUCGACUUGAGCAAUACUGCCGACGCUAAGACGACAACGAGCGAUGCUCUAGCAGCUGAUGAGUUCGUUACAGCGAAGGGUAAAAAGGACAAAAAGAGCAAAAAGGGUGCGAUUGCCGAAGAGGAGCCGCCAGCGCCGCCACCAGUCGAGCCGCCGGCUGAAUCGGAUGACAUUUGGACCUCAUUUGGUAAAAAGGAUAAAAAGGGCAAGAAGGGCAAAGUCACGAGCCCUGAGCCAUCGAUCCCGGAUCCUGUUGUUGAGAUCGAGACUCAGGAGGAACCAGCUAAAGAAGAGUAUGCUGAUACUACUGGUUGGGCGAAUCUUUCCGCCAAGGAGCGGAAAAAGAGAGAAAAGGAGGCCAAGAGGAAGGGAUUGAUCAUCCCUACCGAAGAGCCUCAACCGCCAGAACCCCCGCCGCCGCCGCCAGAACCGGAGCCGGAGCCGGAGCCAGAGCUGGAGCCGGAAGUCAUCAAAGGAGAUGACUCUUGGGGUUUUGGUGGCUGGGGAACAUCUACCAAAGACAAGAAGAACAAAAAGAAAGGCUUCCUCGAUUUUGAGGAGGAAGCCCUUCCACCACCUCCCGAACCAAAGCCGAUUCCGAAAGAGGAGCCGGAUGCGGCAUGGACCUUUUCUAGCAAGGAUAAAAAAAAAGGGAAGAAAAAGGGAGUUGUGGACGUCGUUGAAGAGCCACCACCGCCCCCUCCAGCUCCUGUGCUAGAAGACAAAGAAGAUGAUAUAUGGGGAGGGUUUACGUUGUCAGCGAAGGACAAGAAAAAGAAGGAAAAGGAAGCGAAGAAGAGCGGAUAUCUCGAUGUCCUCGAUGAGCCAGCGGUGCCUGAAUCUCAAGCUGAGCCCGAGGUCAAGGAUAGUGACACCUGGGGCCAAUGGGGUACCGCCAGUUCCAGUGACAAAAAGAAGAAGUCUAAGGACACCAAGAAGAAAGGAUUCCUGGAAUUCGAUGAAGAACCGCCCGCACCCCUCCCCGAGCCCGAGCCUGCGGCAGACGUUGUAGAAGAAGAUAGUCUCUUCGGACUCACAUCAAAGGAAAAGAAGAAAAAGGAGAAGGAUGCGAAAAAGAAAGGAGGCGCAGCCGCAGUCCCGGAGCCUGAGCCCGAGGUCAUUGCUGAGCCAGAGCCAGUGGAAGAAAAGACCGACAGCGCCUGGGGCUCCUGGGCAACGACAAAAGACAAGAAGAAGACCACUAAAAAGAAAGGAGCCGUCACCGAGAUUCCAGAGCCCGAACCUGAGCCUAUUCUCGAGCCAGAACCGGAGGAAGAUAAGGUCGAUGACACCUGGGGGUCCUGGGCCACUUCAACAAAAGACAAGAAGAAGGGUUCAAAGAAGAAGGGAACCGCCGCCGAAAUUCCAGGACCGGAGCCUGAGGUCAUUAUCGAGCCAGAACCAGUGGAAGAAAAGGCAGAUGACACCUUGGGAUCCUGGGCCACCUCAACGAAAGACAAGAAGAAGGGUGCCAAAGACUCUAAAAAGAAAGCUAUCGCCGAGAUCGAGGAGCAUCAACAGUCUGAUAAGCCUGAGGCUCCUGCUGAAGAUGACACCUGGGGCGGUUGGGGAUCAAAAGACAAGAAGGGCGGCAAGAAGUCGAAGACUAAAGACGAUCUCCCGCCGCCAGCGCCGAGUCCACCCGCUCAGGGUCUAACUCCGGAACCUGAUCCAGUGGAGAUGUUAGAUGAUGACCUUGCUGGAGACACCUGGGCGGGUUUGACCAGAGUAAAAAGCAAAGCAUCGUCAACGAAAAAGAGCACGACUUCCAAGACCUCAACCGGGAAGGACAAGACGAAGAAAACCAAGGAGGUCGAGGAGUCCUUUGACAUUGCACCACCCGAAGAAUCCUUGCCAGAAGUGACUCCAGCCAGCGUGACGAAGAGCAUGUGGGGUUUUGGGACAUCAACUACAACCACCAAACUGACCAAAAAGGAGAAGGAGGCCAAGGCUAAAAAGGAAGCAGAAGAAAAGGCCAGGCAGGAACAGGCCAGAGAGGAAGAAGAGAGGUUAGCUCGCGAGGCCGAAGAGGCCGAAGCAGCACGACUGGCUGAAGAAGAGGCAGAAGCAGCACGAUUGGCUCAAGAGGCAGCGAAGAGCUCCAAGAAGAAGGGCACCAAGUCGGCAAAGGCCGACGCGAAGGCCAGCAAAGCAAAGGAUGCAGACGAGCUCAUUGACAUGUUUGGUGAGCCCACGCAGGCGUCCAAGUCUGACAAGGGGUCAAAAUUGAAAAAGACCCCGUCCAACAAAGAGGAAAAGGCUGAAGACAAGAAGGAGGAGGACUAUUUUGGAUUCUGGGGUAACGCGUCAACAUCCAAGAAGACAGCUGGCAAGAAGGACCUGGACUCGCAAAAGGAAAUUACCCAGCAGGGGUGGACCGAUCAGGAUGACGCGCUAGCCGACCUCUCGAGGGAUCUCGACUCCAGAUUUGACUUCGAGAAGGUUACCUCUGCUUCAAAGGCCGCAAAGGCCAUGCCCACCGCCACGAAGACCAAAGUAAGCUCUUCUGUCGCCGACCGGAUCAAAGCUCUGGAGGGCAAAAAGGAAGAGAGCAGAAAAAAGUCAAAGGGCGAGUCUGUGCUGACUAAGGAGUUGCCUCCACCAGACGACGCGCCUUUGCCCAAAGAGGAAAAGCAGUAUGGUGACAAGGCGCCAGCCCUGAAGACGAAGACAGCCGUUGCAAGCAAGACGACCAAGACAACCAAGAAGGACGUGUCUCCCGUGGCAGAGGAGAAAAGAUCAAAAGACUCCAUCCCUGGCAGCUUUCCUGGCGCGUUUGGUGAGGACGACUACGGGGACGAUAUUCUCGAUCUCGACGAUCCACCGACAUCCUCUGAAAAGCCCAAAGCAAAGGCCAUUGCUGUUGAGAAAAAGGGUGCCAAGUCGAAGGCCACCACGCCUAAGGAGUCAAAGACAGACGACGUUGGCCUGCCGGACGAAGAACCCGUGCCCCCCAAGUUACUGACGCCUCCCUCAGAGGAGAAGAAGGCAACCAAGAAAGAACGCCCGAGGGUUGAACGAUCUGCAACUGCUUCUUGGGGAUUCUGGGGUGCGGCACCUCCACCCAAGAAAUCGACCAAAGAAAAAACAAAGGACGACGAAGACAUGCCCCCGCCACCAAAGAAAGAGAAAUCGCCACCCGGUCUGACUCGGUCUAAAUCCACUCGGACUCCAAGGGAGAAGGAACAGGAGGAUAGGAAGGAAGCUGAAAAGCUUUCCAGGUCGUCUGGGUCUGACAAAGAUGCCAAACCCAAGAAAGCCGAGAGACCAAAAGCUACCCGCGGUACUUCUUUUUCGAACUUCAUGUUUGGUGGGCCACCUCCAUCGGCCAUGGCACGCUCGAAGACCACUAGCCGAAGACCAAGCAGUGCGACCAGUUCAAGGCCUUCGUCUCGGCGUCAGUCGGUUGACGGAUUUACGUCCCCUCCGCCUGAAGAGGAGCCCCAAGUUACCGACAAGGCAGCUAAGCUCAUGGGAAUGAAGUCCAGCAAGAUCGAACGCCGUCCAUCAGUGAAGAGGAGGCCUUUAGGUGUUCCAGAUCCGUAUCCCAUCGACGACGAUGAUAUGGUAAUGAUCCAUACCAAUGACAAUACUCCGCUUGUAAACAGUGUAUCUGUGCCGGAAAAUUCAAAGUCUAGGUCUUCCAAAUCAAAGAAAGAGGUAGGUGCACAAACCUCCUCAAACCGUCUGGGCCACGUUUUCCGCCCGUCUUGGUCGCCGGAUUUCGAUAAAGAAGUUCAUGCUGACGGACGGGUUUCCUAUACGCAGAUCAAGUCCCACAGCAAGAACAUUUCUCAGGACGAUGACGUUGUGAUGGUCGAGAGCCCUACACAUGCAGACCCGUUGGUCACAAGCGGGCCUGACGACAUGGCGUUUGUGGACCAUCCACCCGCGCUGAAGAGAAGCAACACUGCCCCCAGAAAAUCAACCGGACUUUUUGGCAGCUUCUUUGGCAGUUCUCGGUCCUUCGACGGAGAGAGACAGCGACAUCGAAGCCACACCCUGACUGAUGCAGAAGACCUACCUAUCAGAACCAAAGACAAGUCAAAGAGGCAUUCCCGGGCUUUGGAGGGGGAUGAGUUCACCACCGAUGCGCCUGUUGAAACGGAUGCCGAUAUGGAAGCUCGACGUGCUGAAAGAAGAGCCAAGCGCGAAGCGCGUAAUCAGGCGGAAGAAGCCGAUCGCGUCGAACGUGAGCUGAAACGGAGGGAAAGAAGAGAACGCGAAAAGGCGGAUCUCGAAGCCCGCCAACGCAGAGCACGCGAGCGUGAAAGGCGAGAACAAGAGGAGGAAGAGAGGCGCCGUGAAGAAAAGCGGGCUAGGCGUGCUGCCAGAGAAGCACGCGCUGCACAAGAGGAGGCCGAGGCAAACGCAGAAGCAGAACGCCGGCGCGAAGAGCGUAGGCGACUUCGUGCUCAGCUCGAGGCCGAGCAGGGGGUAAAUCGCGAGAUUUCCAAAGAUGAUCGCCGCAGAUCAUAUUAUGCGGAAGAGGACGAAAGAAGAAGGCGGAAGGAAGACCGGAAGUCCAAAGACAAGGACAGAGAGAGAUCAAGCCGCAAGAGAUCCAGCGUCCUUGUUGAAGAAUAUCACGAAUCUCGGAGCGGCAGCGGUAAGGGAACCGCACCACCAGCCAACAAGACCAGCUCAUGGAUCAACUCUCAAGCCGACGAACCACCAGAAUUCCCACCUGUCGAGGGUACAAUUCUCGAUCCGAGCGGCGAAAAGCCACGAGCGGCAGACGAAGGCGCCGGAACUAAGCGCAGCAGUCGCCAUCGUGACAAAUACGCCGGCAUGACGGACGCAGAAAUCGAGGAGUACCGUGCUCGCAGGAAAAGCUCGCGUCGUGUGGAGGGCAAGUCAGCCAGUGGCGGUAGUGACGAGCGAGACAAGGAGCGAGAACGAAGAGAACGACGUCGACGCCGAGAUCAAUCUGAUGGUCGAGGCUAUGGCUACGACGAGGUGCCCGUCAAAACUUGGGACGGACGUCCAGCACUGGGUGGAAGGAAUGACAGCAAGAGAAGGAGCUUCCUCGGAGGCCUCUUCUGA